UCCAGGGUUCCCCCUGAUGGGGGAUUCCCAGAUGCUGUUGACUACAAUUCCCAGAAUCCCCAGCUGCCAUGGCUUUUGCUUGGGGAUUAUGGGAGCAGUGGGGCGGGAGAGGGAGAUGGCUUGACUAGCAAGCCAGAGGUUGCGGGUUCGAAUCCCCCGCUGGUGUGUCUCCCAGACUAUGGGCAAACACCUCUAUCGGGCAGCAGCGAUCUAGGAAGGUGCUGAAAGGCAUCGUUUAUUUAUUUAUUUGUUUGUUAGAAACAUUUGAUCUACCGCCCACUCCGAAGACUCUGGGUGGUGUCACAGUCUCAUCUCGUGCUGUGCGGGAGACGGCCAUGGGGAACUCCUCGUGUAUUCUACCAAAGACAGCCACGAGGCUCUGUGGGCGCCAGGAGUCGGGCAACGCAAAGCCCACUUUACUUUAGUCACCAGCAUCUGGGAAUCCCUGUUGGAGGGAACACUGCUCCCUCUCCCACCCCUCGCUGCUGAUGUCAUUGUUUCUCUCCCACCCCUGCGCCACCAACCUGGGUGGGAGAGUCCUUGCUUUGCUCACACCUUCCCCCACACCAUCACUUUCCUCCAGGCUCUUCCCACCCCGCCCUGACCCUUCCCUCCUCCUCAUGUCCUCCAAGCACAGACCUGCAUGACCCCCUUAGUCGAGGAGGCUGAAUCCGAGUCCCAGCUGCUGGCCCAUCGUGGCCAGCGGAGUCUCCUGUUGCUUGCUGCCUGCCUGGGACUGCAUUAGGAGCAAGGCGAGGAAGGGGUGUUGUUGAGCACACCUGGCUUGUGGGCUGCAUUGGGCUUGUGGGGGUCGUGUGUGGUGUGGGCCUUCCUGUGACAGAAGGGCUGCUCGUGCAGUCUGGAGGAUCCUGCAGGUUGUUCAGGACUCUGACUCUAGUUAAGAACUUCUAUAUUCCUAAGACCAGGAUAUGCCACGCCUCCACCCUAAACUGAGGGCACCUUAGAACUGAAAACAGUGAGAUGGGAAACCACCCUUAAGCUAUCCUCAGUACUAAGGAAUGGAGACCAGAAAGCUAAUUACUGCAACAGACAACCAGUAUUCUGGUAUGCUGUUAAAGGCCUUGGAUGAGCAACGUUGCCAUGGACUUUUUUGUGAUGUCACUGUCAUUGUGGAGGACCGGAAGUUUCGAGCUCACCGAAAUGUCCUUUCAGCCUCAAGCACUUACUUUCACCAGCUCUUCUCGGUUGCCGGGCAAGUGGUUGAGUUGAGCUUUAUACGAGCUGAGAUUUUUGCAGAAAUCCUCAAUUACAUCUAUAGCUCGAAAAUAGUCCGGGUGAGAUCAGACCUACUGGAUGAGUUAAUUAAAUCGGGGCAAUUGCUAGGGGUUAAAUUCCUUGCUGAUCUGGGUGCUCCUCUGCAGCAAGUGAAAAGCAUGUCUGGAGGCGUUAAGCCAGGCACUUCAGAACAGUCCAGUUUGGACACAAACAGCCUUGAAGCCCAAAGGCCUCUCGCACAAACUGGGAGUCAGAAUCUAAUUACCGGGAAGCCGGUAAUAACGGAGUCGUUUUCAUUGUACGGGGAGGAAUGUGAUACCACGAAAAUCACCAUUAGCGAUUCUGACGACGACGAUGACGACGUUAUCUUCUGCUCCGAGCUCGUGCCUCCCAAGGACCGUCCUCUGGAGACCAAAGCUGUAACACAAAACCAGCCUUGCCCAAACCCUGCUGACGUCUCCAGCCAAACAAACUGUCCCACCAGCAUCAGCUCCCCUCCUCGUUCAGCCGUAGCGACAGCUCCAAGGCUGGACUCGUCAACCACUCAGUCAAAUCCAACCGAAAACCAAGCGCCUGCUGAACCACUUCCCCCCUCUGCUCCCAAACCCACAGCUCCUAAUGUCCUUGUGUUAAAUCCAUCACAGAUCAGCGCUUCACCGGAUGUCGGUUCGUCACAUGAAAUAGAAGUGUCUCCUAUACCUGAGGAGAGCCAGCAGCCGUCUAACAACGAUUCCUUAACUGACAUGGAAACCAAUGCCAUUGAUGAGGAAGAAGAGGAAGAGGAGGAUGUGGAAGACGACGACGACAUUCUUGGUUCAUCCAGCCCAGGAUCAGCAAGCAGCAGCUCUUUGGUUCAACAGCCCACCACCCCCAAACCUGCUGCAGCUGAUAAUGCAGGAGGGCAGAAGAAGCAAGUGGCUGGCUUUCCUCAGGAACCAGCUGCCCCCCAACCUGGAGAGUUCAAGAUAAAAAUCUCAGAUGUCCUUUCUGGAAGCAACAAGGAUUCUCCUGCAGGGGUUGCACCACCAAAGCAUGUCACGGAGGGCCAGAAGACCAUAACUUUAGACACAGCUACUGAAAUUGAAGGCUUAUCUACGGGUUGCAAAGUUUAUGCAAAUAUCGGUGAAGAUACCUACGACAUAGUCAUUCCGGUGAAAGAUGAGGCUGAUGGGGAAGUCCGGCUUGAUGAUCUGCCCAGAACAUCAGGGGAUGAUCCUGCCAACCGUAAGCGCCUGAAAGUGAAGCACGAUGAUCAUUAUGAGCUCAUAAUGGACGGAAAGGUCUAUUAUAUCUGUAUUGUGUGCAGGAGGUCCUAUGUGUGUCUCACAAGUUUGAGGAGACAUUUUAACGUUCAUUCCUGGGAGAAGAAGUAUCCCUGUCGCUACUGUGAGAAGGUUUUCCCUCUUGCAGAAUAUCGCACCAAGCAUGAAAUCCACCACACCGGAGAGCGAAGGUAUCAGUGUUUGGCCUGCGGCCAGUGUUUCAUCAACUAUCAAGUCAUGGCCACGCAUAUAAGAUCCGUUCAUAGCCAGGAUCCUUCUGGAGAGUCCAAGCUCUAUCGCUUGCAUCCUUGUAGGUCUUUGCAGAUCAGAAAUUAUGCAUAUAUUUCAGGUGGCUCCAGCAAUAUACCAAUGGUGAAUGACAAUGCUCUCGUUUACCCCGUUGGCCCUGUAAAAGAUGCACCCCAAGAACCAGCCCCUAAUCCUCCAGUCAAGUCCAUGACAUGGGAUGACAUCUUUGUUCCGCAGGCAAACGAAUCACUUUUUAAACAAAACCCGUCUGAUGGUAGUACUGAAUUUGAGUUUGUGAUACCAGAAUCUUACUGAAACUCUCUUUGAUGGAAGCAUUUCUCUUGUUAGAAAAAAGUAAAAGUAAAAUGGGCUGCUCAAAAAAAAAAGAAAAGAAAAGUUGUAGAACAUCUCAUGUUAUAUAACAAGUCAGUUUGUUAAGCCUAACCAGCAAAAGGUAGAAUUUUAAAACUAGAAUAACUUCUAAGCUUCAGGUGACCUUGUUGAAAGAAAAUUGGUCAGGAAAAAAAAGUUACUUGAAUACAGGAAAAGGCAUUUCCAGGAAAGUUAGGUGUUAAAUGUGCUUGGUUCAUUAAGAUGGAUAAAAAUCUGGAACGUUCUGGUUCGAAAAGGUGCUGAUUCGUUACAGUAAUGGGAAACGUCCUUAAUAACUUGUAGAAAAAUGGGAAUACUUCUUGCCUCAUGAACCACUUACUAAGUAUCCUCUCUUUCAUGCUAGCACUUUAAUGCUGAAAAUUGUUUCAUUAACUCUUGAGGCUACCGAAGGACAGUCAGGAUAGGUUUUGUGGUAUAACAUAGCGUGUGUGUAUGUUCUUAAUUUUUUGUUGCAAAAUAGAAACCAAUGCACUCCUUUAACUCGGUGGAUAAAACAGUGCUGCCAGGGUCCAAUAAUGUUGCCCAUAAAUCAAGGGUUUUUGAUUUAAAGUGGCUUCCUGAUUUCUGCUCUAAAAUAACCAUGUUAUUGUCGCAAGAAUGCUCAUAAUGUAAGCUUGCCAUUUCAGAGAAAAGAUGGAAAUCUCUCUGAGGUAAACUGUUGUAUUUAUAUUUGGUAAUAAUCCAAUGGCUGGACCAUUGGUCCUUCCAAUCAACCCGUCAACCGACCUUGAAGGAAAUCACCCUGCCCUCUGUGUUUCCAAUUUGCAGGAAUUAUGCUCGACCUUCUUUCUACUGAAAGUAUGUCGGUGUGGAUUAAGGUGCUGUUUUUCUAGUUAAGGGGAAAACCUCUGGAUGAAUAUAAUUUUAUAGGUUUCUAGCUGAAGGGUGCAGAAGCUGCUUCCCAAAGCAAAGUACUGCAAGUUCCAUGAUUUGCUCCAUGAUUGAACAUAUUUACAGUUUUUAGAGAACUUGGUUAAGUCAGAGCAGUGCACGGGUAGGCUUUUGGUGAGAAUUGUUGUAUGGAUUGGACUCCUUGAGAAAAUAAUUCGACAUAUUCUCCUUGAGAAAAUAAUUUGACAUCGUCUUAAAAGAUGUUAUGGCACAAAUGAACUAGACUUGGGUUUUAUUCACUGUGCCCGUUUCCCUUUGCUAAGCGGUACGCACCUUUUAGGAGCUUGGGAAUAAUCAGUCUAACUUGCGCAAGAAAUGUUAAUCUGAAAGUAAAUUGGUCAGCAGUCACAUAGUCUAUUGUUUUACGUCGAGUAAUGUCUUGAAUUUUUGUAAAUUAUAAUAUGGGGUGAAGCCUUCUAGAGGACUGAAAAGGAUUGUGAUGAAUAGAACUAGUUAGCAAUCAGUGGUAUCAUGCAGUCUCUUCUUUCCAUCACUUUUGGAAUUUUCUUUGCUUUCUCAUGUGAUCUGAAAUAAACCUAUUUCGUGUUCAAAUAAA